UCUUUACUCGGCGGCGCGGUGCCGCCAUGUCUCCUGAAGAUAAACGGCGGCUAGUCGUUAUCUCCGGUGCAGUGUUGUCACUCUUUUUACUUUUACUCGUUUUGAGCUACAUACCUGUUUACUUGUACAUACUUUUUAUCUCUGUCGCGUCCGGCGUCGUUUAUUUUCACAAAGCGAAGGAGUUGCAGUUGUUCGAGAGACUAGGCCUCAAUCCCCGACGUGGACUGAGCAUCCCUCCGGCUCUACUGCGCUGGUUACCGGGCAGGACUUUGAGCGGAGUCCCGGCCGCUGGCAGAAACAAGAUACGUAAAAGUGAUGCGCGAAAUUCCUUCGCGUCACCCAGCGAUAGACAUUUUGCGGGCUUUUACUAUAGAAGAGACCAAACACUCAGUGAUUCAGUGUUCAGUCCUAGGGAUAUACUCAUGGGAAGUUACCUCGCCAAGCCUGAGGGAAGUCCUUCCGCAGCGGUGAGGGCCGCUGGAGGAUCGGGGACUUUCAUCAACCCAAGAGAACAGCUCCGGGAGAGACUCGCACGGCCUAACCAUGCUGCACACACCCCUAACAGAAGACUGUCAUUCGGGGAACCUAUGGGCACAGUGAAUCGAUUCACCAUCACCCCCCACAGACAUUACCCACUCCAGCAGAUGGGGACGUCUCCCGUUGGAGUAAUGCCACCUACAAAGUGGGAUGGAUUGCGUAAGAAGAAUAUCCUCACCCAACGUAACUCCCCAACUGUUCACAGCCCGGUCACAGUAAAGAUUGCCAGACCAGAUUCAACACAAUCAUCACUCUUUAACCAUCUGAACUCUCCGGUGGUCGUCACAUCCCCAGGAAUCGGGGCCCAGGCAGACCCUUGCUCCAGAGAGACUGUUCUGAGCGUGCUCCGAGAGAGCCGGAAGAGGGAGGUGGAUGAGGAGGACAAGUGUGCGUCAGGGCAGAAGAGUAAAAGGAGGCGAAAUGACAGCGGUGGAAGCUCUCAAUCAGCAUUUGAGCCACUUCUUGCAAAUGGAGCUCCUUCUCAUCUUGUGCCAAAACCUGGCAGUCUAAAGAGAGGAAUGAAUUCUUCUGUCAUGGAAGAGUCCACUAUGAAGAGAUCUCGAACCUCCUCAAUCAGCUCUGUGAGUGGUGGUCCUGUUCCCAGCGGAGUGCCUGGAUCUGUUCGAAACCCUAUUCGUAGUUCCUAUAGCUCCUCGCAGGGUUAUCCACAGAGAAGGGCAGCAUCCAGUCUUAGUCUUUCUCCUUUCACAAGCCCAGGAGGAUCUCGCUGUCAGACUCCGGAAAGGGCUUCUAAAAAAGCGCGGGAGGAUGAUGUUAGCUCACUGAGUUUCACAUCCUUCUCAAAAACCAAUAAGGAGACCUCUGACCCUGCCCCUGCUACAGCUAAACUCACUCCAAAGUCUGAAGCACCUGUUGCAACAUCAACAUCAGACUCGGGUGGCAGCGGUAAACGCAAGCGCAAAAUCCAGCUGGUCACCACAAACAGAGGAGAUCAAAUCUCAUUACCGCCACCUCCUGAACUUGGCUACACCAUCACGGUUAAAGAUCUGGAUAUGGAGAAGAAAGCAGCUCUCACCCAGAUACAGAAGGUUUUGGAGGAACCUGAACCAGAGAGUCCAGCUCCAGCCUCGGAACCAGCACCAGCUCCCUCUUUAACUCUCUUCUCUAAUCCAUCCAUAACCUCAUCGUCUGAGAGCACACCUGCUGCGAAGUCUCCUCCCUCUUUGCUUUCACUCUCUAAACCUGUGCCUGAGACGACACCAGCCACUAGCGCAUCCCCUGCACCAACCAUUGACCUCACCACCACCACACCUGGUGCAGUCAGUACUGCUCCUCUGACCCUCACUUCAGGCCUAUCUGUCACUAGCACCCCAGCUGCCCCCACCUCCAGUAUUUCCAACCCUCUGCUGGAGUCCCUAAAAAACAUGAAGAAUAAUCCACUUCUCAAUUCAUCUUCUCUUCUGGGAUCUGCAACUACAACUGCAGCUCCAGCAGUGUCUGCUGCAAGUCUUUUUACACCUGCCCCUUCCACAAACUCCGGUGGAGUUAUAAAAUCUGAGUCAGGCCCUACAGUGCUACAGUCCUUGCUUUCAACACCGUCCUCCAUUUCGACACCUGCUUUAAAGCCAGCCCCCUCCAUGCCCUCUGCCUUCGCUCAAAUCCUGGCCCAACCUCUUCAACCAUCACCAUCCAACUCAUCAUCUCUAGGAGGAGGAGGAAGCUUAUUCAGCCUUAUCAAACCCGUUGCUACUCCUGCAUCUCAACCGCCUGCAUCUACAACUGCUCCACCUACAGCUGCGGUUGGUCCCACCGUAUCAACAAACAGCAUCAGCAACCCUUUGUCGUCUGGGUUUAAGCCCAUUUUUGGCGCAGCAAUUAAGACCCCUGCCUCUACAGCGGAGGUUAAGCCCACUCAGCCCACCUUCAAACCUUUAUUCGGCAGCACCACGCAAAGCGGCGGUGUUUUUGGGCAGACCACUGCAUCAACGAUGUCAACCCCUGCUGCUCCGGCUACACAAACCAGCAGCAUGUUGUUUGGUGGACUAACCAGUACCCAGCCACCGGCGGUGCCUGUUUCCUCCGCCGCUCCCACACAAGCUCCCAACCAGUCUCUGUUUGGAAGCUGGAACGCAAAAACAACGUCGGCUCCCACCGCUAACGCCACUUUCCAGUUCGGAGCUGUGGCAACCACGACCGCUGCCCCUGCGCUGAGCACCACUACAGCCAGUGCAAGCGUCACCACCUCUGCGUUCCAAUUUGGCGCAGGGAAACCUUCACCCGUUCCACAGACCCAAAGCACGUUCACGUUCGGCCAGCUGUCUGCUAACCAGAAUUCCACUUCCACGCCGUUCGGUGGGUUAGGCUUGACCACCACCACCUCGACGGCCCCCACUACGCAAACCACUUUUGGAAGCUCAACCUUUACAGCGUCAGCCUCACCCUUCCCUGGGACGACACAGCAGACCCCUGCUGCACCAAAGCCUUUUGCAUUUGGUGGCAAUAGCAGUGCAGCGCCGUUUGCGUUCGGGGCAGCCCCCAGCACGGCCGCACCUGCGUUUGGGACUAACAGUCAGCCUACGUUUGGCGGAGCGUCGUCUGGCUUCUCUUUCGGUAACACCACCAUCCCUUCUGUGGCUCCUGUCUUUGGAGCCUCCACACAGACUGCCGCCCCUCUUCCUGCCCCAGCUCCAACAUUCAGUUUUGGAGGAGCCUCAACAGGCACUCAGAACCCUGCACCAAGUACUCCUGCGCCUCCUUCUGGAGGCUUUAACUUUGGAGCAUCGAUGACGGGAACGCCAUUUGGAACCCCUGCACCUGCAGCUCAAACACCAGGGUUUUCUUUUGGUGCUAACAACAUGGAUAACAAACCGUCUUUUGGAACGUCAACACCCGCUUUUGGCCAGGGAUCUGCAGGAAUGUCGAUGCCGUUUGGAAGUCCUGGAACUCCAGGAUUUGGUGCAGUGGGUGCUUCAUCAUUCGGUGCUUCACCAGCCACCUUCUCCAUUGGAACGGGCUCCAAGCCAUCUGGGCAACGUCGAUUGCAAGCACGCAGGCAACAAAGGAAGAAGUAAUACGACUGAUCUGAGACCUGUCCCUUCAACCAUACAUCAUUGUUGUGUGGACUCUGUUACUAUUACUUUGGCUAUCCCACCUGCCCCAGAUGCAACUGCUGGUCCAAACAAAACAUGGCUCUUGAUCAGACCUGUGAGACCAAUCUCACCUCUACAACCUUUCAGACUGCCAGGGCUGGUCAGGUGUGUAGUAUCAAGGCUCAUGGGGAGUGUAGAUUUUAGAGCGCUGGGCUGCCGCGUCCUUGAUGGCGGUGCGUCCACUGAAACUCAUCAAUGGUCCUCACUGAUGGAGUCUGGAGUUGCCUGAUGAGGAGAUCUUGUGUUGGGGAAGGAUGGUGAACUGGAUGGGUUAUACUUGAAGAAACGAAAGACCAAGACUUUCAAUUCUAAAUUUAAACAUGAAAUGCAAUCCAGGUUUGUUGAAAGAAAUGGAAUUUUAUUUGAACUUUGUUUGUUUAUUUUUGGCUGACGAUGCAUAAUCAGAUGCGCGUUAUUUUUAGAUCAAGUAAAUAUUUUUCCCUCUUUGUA